AUGCUUGAUAGGAACCAAAGAAAAGAGUUGGUGAGACUGAGGAAGAUUUGCUUUAACUUUGGGAAUACACUCCAUUUAGAGGCCUUGAACACAAGAAAUGAAAAUAAGCUGCUUCCUAAACAUACGCACUUAGUGCGACAGAAGCGCGCCUGGAUCACCGCCCCUGUGGCUCUUCGGGAGGGAGAGGAUCUGUCCAAAAAGAAUCCGAUUGCCAAGAUACAUUCUGAUAUAGCAGAAGAAAGAGGACUAAAAAUUACAUACAGAUACACUGGAAGAGGUAUCACAGAGCCACCUUUCGGUGUGUUUGUGUUUAAUAAAGACACUGGAGAGUUGAACGUUACCAGCAUUCUUGAUCGAGAAGAAACACCAUUCUUUCUGCUAAUUGGUUACGCUUUGGAUGAAAAAGGAAACAACCUAGAGAAACCAUUAGAACUCCGCAUUAAAGUUCUUGAUAUCAAUGACAAUGAGCCAGAAUUCACGCAGGACGUCUUUGUUGGGUCUGUUGAAGAACUGAGUGCAGCACAUACGCUUGUGAUGAAAAUCACCGCGACAGAUGCAGACGAACCCAAUACCCAGAAUUCUAAAAUUUCCUACAGAAUCGUAUCUCAGGAGCCUCCUUUCCCUCCUGUGUUCUACCUGAAUAAAGAUACAGGAGAGGUUUAUACAACCAGUAUUACCUUAGACAGAGAGGAACACAGCAGCUAUACUUUGACAGUAGAAGCAAGAGACGGCAAUGGACAAAUAACAGAUAAACCCGUAAAACAAGCCCAAGUUCAGAUUCGUAUUUUAGAUGUCAAUGACAACAUACCUGUAGUGGAAGAUGAAAUGUACGAAGGGAUGGUUGAAGAAAAUCAAGCCAAUGUAGAAGUUAUACGCAUAAAAGUGUUUGAUGCGGAUGAAAUAGGUUCUGAUAAUUGGUUAGCAAAUUUUACAUUUGCAUCAGGAAAUGAAAGGGGUUAUUUCCGCAUAGAAACUGAUACUCAGACUAAUGAAGGAAUUGUGACCCUAAUUAAGGAAUUAGAUUAUGAAGAAAUGAAGCAUCUUGAUUUAAGCAUUGUUGUCACUAAUAAAGCACCUUUUCACAAAUCAGUUAAGAAUAAAUACAAGCCUACAUCUAUUCCCAUCAAAAUAAAGGUGAAAAAUGUGAAAGAAGGCAUUCAUUUUAAAAGCAGCACCAUCUCCGUUCACACUAGCGAGAGCAUGGAAAAAUCAAGCCUAAGCCAAGUAAUUGGAAAAUUUCAAGCCUUCGAUGAAGACACUGGACAACUAGCCCGUGUAAAAUAUGCCAAAUUGGAAGAUAAAGACAGUUGGGUCUCUGUGGAUUCUGUCACGUCUGAAAUUAAACUUGUAAAAAUUCCUGAUUUUGAAUCUAGAUAUGUUCAGAAUGGUACAUACAUUGUAAAGAUUUUGGCUAUAUCAGAAGAUUACCCUAGAAAAACCAUCACUGGCACCGUUCUUAUCACAGUUGAAGACAUCAAUGACAAUUGUCCCACACUGGUUGACCCAGUGCAGAAUAUCUGUGAUGACGCGCAGUAUGUGAACGUGACCGCAGAGGACCUGGACGGUUACCCCAACAGUGACCCUUUCACUUUUGUCAUCGUUGACAAACCAGCUGGAAUGGCAGAGAAAUGGAAAGUAGUACACAAAGAAAGUACCAGUGUGUUACUGCAACAAAAUGAACAGAAGCUUGGGAGAAGUGAAAUUCAGUUCCUGAUUUCAGAUAAUCAAGGCUUCAGUUGCCCUGAAAAGCAGACCCUUAAACUCACCGUUUGUAAGUGUCUGGACGGCAGUGGGUGUGUAGAAGCUCUGCGUGACUCCUAUGUUGGCCUGGGACCUGCAGCCAUUGCACUAAUAAUCCUUGCCUUUCUGCUCUUGCUGCUUGUACCACUUUUACUGCUGAUGUGCCACUGUGGAGAGGGUGCCAAAGGCUUUACCCCCAUACCUGGCACUAUAGAGAUGCUACAUCCUUGGAAUAAUGAAGGGGCGCCACCUGAAGACAAGGUGGUGCCAUCACUUCUGGCCACGGAUCACGGAGAGAGUGUACCCGUAGGCAGUGGAGUAGGAGGCGGAGCAGUGAAGGAAAGCACCAUGAGAGGAAGUAGCCCUGCUUCCUUUGUCAAAAGGCUGCAUGAGAUGACUGAGGUGGACGGAAGAUGGGAAGAGCACAGAAGGCUGCUUCUUGGGGGGGCCACCCAAGCUGCAGGGACAACAGGAGCAAUCAUAGGUGGCGAAACCAUAAGGUCCAGAAGAGCCUCAGGGGCUUCCAGAGACAUGGCUGGAGCUCGAGCAGCUGCUGUUGCAGUGAAUGAGGAAUUCUUAAGAAGUUAUUUCACUGAGAAAGCUGCAUGUUAUACUGAGGAAGAUGACAAUCACAUAGCCAAAGAUUGCCUUCUGGUGUAUUCUCAGGAAGAAACUGAGUCUCUCCAUGGUUCCAUUGGCUGUUGCAGUUUUAUUGAAGAUCUAGAUGACCACUUCUUAGAUGACUUAGAAUUUAAAUUCAAGACACUAGCCGAAGUGUGCUUGGGUCGAAACAUAGAUAUGGAUAUGGAAAUGGAACAGAGGCCAAAAUCCAUGAGAGAAACAAGUCUGAAGGCAUCUUCACAUUCCCUCUCCGAGCAAACUAGGGUUCAUUCAGAAAAUGCCUCCUUCUCUGGCAGUAGUCUUCAAGUUCCAAAACCUUUACAUGAGGCAAAUGCAGAGACAAUAACUCAGGAAAUAGUCGCUGAAAGGUCUGUGUCUUCUAAGCAGGGUCAAAACGUAGCUACACCCCUCCCUAACACAUUGGCUUCUGGUAAUGUUAUAGUGACAGAAACUUCCUUUGCCACAGGCUCCACUGUGCCACCUCCCAGCACUGUGGUCCUGGGCCCCAGACAGCCACAGGGCCUUAUUGUGACAGAGCGGAUAUACGCGCCAGCGUCUGCCUUGGUAGAUCAGCAUUAUGCUAAUGAACAUAAUGUCAGGGUUACAGAGAGAGUAAUAGAGCCUAAUGGGGGCAUACCUGGUCCUCUGGAAGGCACUCAGCAUCUGCCAGAUGGACAUUAUGUUAUGGUGAGGGAAAGAGAGAGGUUCCUCGCCCCAGGCUCCGGGGUGCAGCCCACUCUGGCCAUGCCCAGUGUAGCAGUAGGACAGAAUGUGACAGUGACAGAAAGAGUGCUAACCCCUGCUUCCACUCUGCAGUCCAGUUACCAGAUUCCUGCGGAAACCUCUAUGACGGCCAGAAAGACCAUGGUUUCUGGAGCUGGCGUCCCUGGCCCUCGGCCCAAGUUUGGUUUAGAAGAGGCUGGUCAUUCUAGCUCUACUCUAACCACAUCUUCUACCAGAGUCUCUAAGCAUAGCACCGUACAGCAUUCCUUCUCCUAAACAGCCAGCCACAGUCUGACCCAGAGUUCAACGAGCAGUAACUGAUUUCAUGUUUUCAAUGGUCCUGCCCUUUCAUGAGUCUUACAGACAUAUGAGGCACCUACACCAAAUGUUUCUCGGUCACUAAUAGACAACGGACCUCACUGUCUCAGCUUCCAGGGGUGCCUUCAGAAAUGUUCUAGGAAGUACCAAGGGCAUAAAGAUGAUGCUGUGUCAUAAGCGCCUUUUAGUGAGUUCUGGCCAAACAAUAUUCACAAAGCAAGUUAAACAGAGAGCGAAUCUGGCUUCUGAGAAUUUACCAAAUUAACAGAAUAUCCAGUUCAUCAGCCGUGCAGUAGAGGCCCCCCAUGAACUGACUGGGCCUCUCUGCAUACCAUCUUAACAUUUAGCAUUGCUGUUCUAUAGUUCGUACUUCACUGCACCUAGCAAAUUGUCAACACUCACUUAUCCAAAGAUACAUGCAGUCUGGGUGACCAGUUUUGUUUGUUUUCCCUAAGACUAGAGGCCUUUCAAUCUGUGUUAGAGUGAUUGACUUUUAGAACAUUGACAUGGUAAUGUCAUGUAACUGUGCCUGUAAUAUGUGUGUAUGAUCAUGUGUGUGUGUUGUAUGACCUUAAAAAUAGCAUUAUACCUUCCCUUUGUCUCUCGCUAAUUAUGAAAAUAUUCAAUACUUCCAAUUCGGUUGAAUAAUCCAGGGAAAAAUUCAUAAAUAUAAAAAUACUUUACUUUUUAUAGUAAUUAUAUACUAUUUAUAAAACCUCAGGAUAUAUCAUCUUCUAAUUUAGUACAGCUAAAUUAACCACUAGACUGUAUACACUGCAAAGAACCAUGCCUAUUUCAAUGCUAGCCUCUGUGCCUAAUGUGUGUGGGUGCCAAAUCAAGAUUUGUGGGAUUAAACUGAAUUUUAUAAGCCUCUCUCUUUUUUUAUAUUUUCAAAGCAUAUUGAAAGGCCCUAUAAUUUCCAUAGUUAUGAGUUUGAAAUUUGAUUUUAUUCUGUGUCUCAAGGUCAUUGAUGAGCUGCUCAUGACUCACUACGUGUUAACUAUUAUGUAAUGGACAUGAAUUUGUACACACACACACACCCCCCCGCCCUCUUGAAAAAGUGAUUUGGGUGUUCUGACCAAAUUGAUUGUAUUUUUAUUGCUCCUUGAAAAAAGAAUCCAUUUCAAGUUUCAAAGUAUAUGUGCACAUCAGUAACAAUUUAUGUAAAUAUUCUUCACAACAAAAUAAUGUUCAUAAAUUGAAAAGCCUAUGUAAUUCGUGACAUUUCAAGAUAUUUUACUUAGGGAACCAAAUCUUUUUGUAGCGCAUUUAUAGAAAUAUUGUUGAAUUGUGUUAUGCAAAAGGUUGAUACUUUUUGCUUCCACUGACUGGGCAAAAGGCAAAUAUUUUUAGACACCGUAACUCCAUGGCCAAGAUGAAGGUCACUUCCAAGAUCUACAAUUUUUACUGUCUAUUUUGUAAGUGUUGUUACUUUUUUUUUUCAAUGUAGACUUAAUAGGUUUUUGCCAAGUAUGCAACAGGAGUAUCACUGCUGUGUGAAAUGUGAAAACAACCUAGGUACUUUGAACAAACAAAACUUGGUCUUAAACUUCCUCCUUGGGCUGGCUUGAAAACCCUAGCCUGUUGCGUGUGUAGAGCAUAAUCACAUUUUCUAAAUGGUUUUCUUUGUUCCCAAAGGGGUGAUUUAUAUUAGUUUUUACAUUUGGAGACUAUAUAUUUGUAUGUGUAUUAUCAAAAUAUUUAAAUAAAAAUGACCUUUAGAACAA